AUGAGUCGUUUAUCCAGUCGAGCUGACUCCAUAUUUGAUAAUGCGCGUACUUCAGGAAACCUGUCCUACAAGUUCUGCUCCGCAGCAGCAGCAGUCAAGACGGCAGAUGAGCAAACCACGGUGACCACUCGCGACGGCCAGACAUUCAAGGCACGUCAUGUCGUUGUCGCGGUUCCUCUGAACUGCCUCAAGGACAUUGCCUUUGAGUCUGGGCUCGACCCGGUCAAGGCUGAAGCCAUUGGCCGGGGCCAGAGUAACGACGCCUACAAGGUUUGCGUCGAAGCGAGCGAAAAGGAGUGGCGGAACUGGAGCGGUCACGCAUUCCCCGACAAAGGAAUUUCCGUGCUUAUCGGCGACGCGUCACCCCAUCCGGAAACUCAUAUAUUGAGCACCUUCACCUCCCUGCCUGUAUUGGCUGCCAGUACGCUACUCGUUAGCCUCUCUCUCGGCAGCUACGGAGUGUUGUCCCUCACCUACGCUAUGGAGGUCUCGCCUUUGCCUCUACGUGGUGUCCUUGGAGCGUUUUAUGGCUUUGGCAUCAUUACAAGACCUUUGCUCGCUGCGGGUGUUGCCCAAGGAGUGAUUAGUUUUGCCAUCACAUGGGCCUGGCCACUUGUACUACUUCCCGUGUCAUUAUUUGCAUCAGAGAGUCCUGUGUGGCUCACACGCCAAGGUCGUAUCGCGGAUGCUGAAGCAGCUUUGCAAAGACUUGCGAUUUCCGACUUUAACAUUGGCACCGAUCUUGUGCUGGCAGGAGUAGAUGCCGAGACCAGCUUUCUGUGGUCUCUGGGAGCGGGCCUUGGGGCUCUGCUGGGGGCUUUCAUCAGCCUCUGGAUUCUUGCCAAGUGUCUCCGACGACCAGUAUAUAUCUGGUACCAACUCCUCAGCACGGGUCUCCUCUUUAUCCUUGGCUUCAUUCAGCUAGAUUUUAAGUACUACGAGAGAAGAGAUGGUGUGUUUGCGCAAGGUGCUCUGAUGACGAUCUGGAACAUCUUUUAUGGAGCAGUUCUCAGUCCUGUCUCCACGGUCAUCAUGGGUGAAGUACCAAGCAACGCUCUCAGAUCCAAGACGGUGGAAUUUGCAACAGCAGUGCAAGUUUUCAUGUCGGUUCUUGUUCUGACCAUCUAUCCCUAUCUGCUAAAUCCAGACUCUGGGCAUCUUCAGGGCUACAUUAGAUGUGAAAAGCAUGUCGAGAGUUUCGAUAGCAAGGCUCGUCUCUGGGACAAAGAAAAAGGCCCAGAGGGUGUACAAUCUUGCAUUGUCGUUACUCCAUGA